AAUUAACAAUAUGGAUCAAAUCUUAUACCUUUCUUGGCAAACUUAAUCUGUUUAGAACAAAAAGCAUGGAAAAUGCAUAGCUUUUUGGGAUAAAAAUCUUUUAUAGAAUGUUGGCGGGUACUUUAAUGAUGGCUAUAAACAAGGAUUAUGGAAAGAUUUCUUCAUAAACUUUUCGAAGUAAGUAAUUAUUAUUACAUCCUAUGAAUAGUUGGGCUCUAGUUUUCGAAAUUGGAGAAUAUUAAAAUGAUUUGAGAAUAGGCAGUUGGAUGUAUCAGUGUUACGAAUAGAGGAUGUAUGUAUUAUACAAUUUUGGUUAGUGGAGGCGGGUUAUACAAUAGAUAUGGUUAAAAGUAAGGAAAAUGGCUUGAUUUAGAUUCAGGGUUUCAUAAUUAUAAAUAAGUUAUUUAUCAUGGUGAAUAUAAUAUGAAUGGAAGGAAGAUAGGUAUAUGGGAUAUAAUGUAUGAUAAUAGAAAUGGAAAGGGAUAUAAAUUAAUGUAAAUAUCAUAUAAGUAUCAGGAAUUUAGUGGCGGUGGAUUAUAUGAUUAAGAAGGAAAUUAGAAAAAGAUUGGAAAGUGGGUAGAAUUAAAUGAAGGGUUUUAAAAAUCAUUUUAAGUUAUUUAUAAGGGUAAAUAUGCUAUGAAUGGUAUGAAGGUAGGUAGAUGGGAUAUUAUGUAUCGCAAAUAGGAUGAGAAGGAAUAUAAAUAAAUGUAAUUAUUAUAUAAGAAAUUUAUAGAGGUGGUGGAUCAUAUGAUUAAGAAGGAAUCGAAUAAAAGAUUGGAAAGUGGGUUGAAUUAGAUGAUGGAUUUGGAGAUGUAAAAUAAGUAACUUUAACUGGUUAAUAUAAUAUGAAUGGUAUGAAGAUUGGUCAAUGGGAUGCUUUUUGGAUUGGAGGAAAAUUAAUGUAAAUGUUGUAUGAGUAUGAGGAAUAUUUGCGGUGGGGGAUCUUAUGAUUAAAAAGGAAAUUAGUAAAAGAUUGGAAGAUGGAUAGAAUUGGAUGAAGGGUUUUGUAAACUAAAAUUUGUGACUUGGAAUGGCGAAUAUAACUAGGAUAGUAUAAAGAUAGGGAGAUGGAAUACUAUGUAUCGACGAUACAAUGAAUAGAAAUAUAAAUAAAUGUAAAUAUUAUAGAAGUAUUAAGGGUGUAUAGUGGUGGUGGAUCUUAUGAUUAAGAAGGAAAUUAGUAAAAGAUUGGAUAAUGGAUAGAAUUGGAUGAAAGGUUUAAUUUUGAAAAAUAAGUCACUUAUAAUGGUGAAUAUAAUUAGAAUGGUAUAAAAGUAGGUAGAUGGGAUAUAAUGUUUGAUUAUGGUGAUGGAAAGGGAUAUAAAUUAAUGUAAAUAUCAUAUAAGAAAAAUAUAGUGGUGGUGGAUCAUAUGAUUAAAAAGGCAAUUAGAAAAUGAUUGGAAAUUGGGUUUAAUUAGAUGAUUGGUUUAAAUGGGAUAAAUAAAUCAUUUAUAAUGGUGAAUAUAAUAUGAAAGGUAAAAAAGUAGGAACAUGGAUAGAAAUGGAUAUAAUGGAGAAUAGAAAACUAAGGGAGAUGAAAUAUAAUUGA